AUGCUGAAGAGCGCCACGAAAACGAGAGGGUUCUGCCGAGCAUCUCCCCAACUCAUCGGCCGUGGAGUUCUGGGGUACAAGGGAGCGAUGGACAAGUCGUGGGUCACGUUUAAGCUUUUUGAUAGUACACACUGGCUCAUUUAUCGUCUUCGAUUAGUUGAAUCUCAGCUCGCUGAAGUGCUUGCAAACCAAGCCUCCCUUGGUGGAAGCGCAUCGUCCCAGGUCGCGGAGUCGCCAGCCAGGAAUUUGCAAACUCCCAGGCAAAUACUUAGCCCUAGAUGUUCUGAGACGGCUCUUCCUCCAAGGGAAGUAAUUUUGAAUGCCGCACAAACGUACCUUCUGUACUGCGACUGCCAGCCUCUACCAUUAUUCCAUCGUUCGACUUUCACCCAGACAAUUUGGAACAGAGAUCCGGAAGUUAUCUUCUCACUUCUUGCUGUAACAUUAAGGUUUACUGAAGAUAUUCGGUUGUGUGUCGAUCAACCCGAUCCUAUUCGCGACUACGUCGAAGCAGCCAGAAUACUUAUUUCAAAAAGGAUAUUCGAAGGAAAUAUAGAAUUAUCCACCAUUCAAUCAUUAUGUCUUCUAAGUCUCGUGCAUUUCACAGAUGGCAAUACACGGCGGGCGAGUAUUCAAAGCAGUCAAGCUAUGAGCUUAGCCCACAGUGCGGGAUUGACUUCGGAGUCCCACGUGGCACUUUCCCCACAAUACAAGGAAGAGCGAAGAAGAUGCUUCUGGAGCCUGUUCCUACUAAAAAGAUUACACGGUGCUGAUUUCAUGGUCCUGGAUUUCUCUGCCGAUGACAACUUUCCAUGGUAUCCAGAAACUACGAGUAAUCCACAAACUCAGCCAGUAGAAGCGUCAAGCUCUGUUGAGAUUGAUCCAGAGGUUUUAACAGAUAAAGGCAUAGUUGCAUAUGCCAUCCAACAGAGCGAAGUAUGGUUCAAAACUACGAGGUAUGCUUGGAGAAGGGGCAAGCCAAGCAGCCUGCCGCCAUGGUCCGCGCAAUCCGAAUAUUCAACGGUUCUGGCGCAAUUGAUGGAUUUUGAGACGCGAAUGCCUUACACCUAUCGUUUCAAGCCGGCGAAAUUUUCACAGCAGCCUCUUGAGCAUCUGAACGCCAAUCGAGAUUACUGGGGACCUUGGCUUUUCGUCCAAUUUCUAUACCACACCAACCUAUGCCUACUCAACCAUCCGUUAUUAUUAUCACUUAGGCUUCGAAACUUCAAAUGUGUCAUUCCCGAGAUAUUUCUUCAACAUACAUCUGAUCUGAUAUCAUCGCAUGCAUCUUGGAUUAUCAAUUUCAUUGACAUGCUGGAAGGAAAGCAGUUCAAAGUGACGGAUCCGUUUUUAGGUCACUGCGUUGCUAUAGUUGCGACCAUUUACUUGCAAGAGAGCUUUGUGGAUGAUCUAGCAAGGCGAAAAGAUAAGCAGGAUUGUUUUGACAAGUGUCUACGCUUUAUUCGGGGCUUUGGGGCUCAGUGGCCUCACGUCGGUCGUAUAGCCGAUAAACUCCAAAGACUAGGCGAAACAGUCUCAUCAACGCAUGUCGCGAGUGAGGUACCGACUCGUCAAAAUAGGAAACUAUUGAUCGACCUGGGACAAUUCUUUGAGAUUCUAGAGUAUUCCUCUUCUAGCGAGCUUGUUGGGUCUGCCGGAACUCUAUUUGGAGCAUCAUUGCUUCCGACUAUCGGGGGUUCAAGGGGAGAAAUGGCACAGACCUCUGUACUUCCUGAACCUAAUAGGGUUGAAGGCCAAGAAUUCGGAAACUCGACGCCCAUAGUGAAUCAGCUGGAAGACCGCAAUGGGCUUUUCCAUCUCGAUGACGUUUCUGCAUUGACGAACGGUGCUCCACUCCAGUAUUCAGAUGAUGAAUUGGCCGUUCUAGCCGAAAACUUCUUUCAGCAAAGGCCUGAGAUUGAAGGAAGUGUGAAUUGGUGGAAUGUGAGCGAUCUUGGGUAA